AUGGCUCCCCUCCUCAGUCGCAAAAGCGACUGCAUCUACCUCCUGUUCUUCGCGACUCAUGUGCCUAUCAUCUUCCUCAUCGACACCGUGCCUCUGCAGCCCGCGUGGUUGCAGACGGACCUCUCGGGACAAUUGCGUGAUUUCUACAUUACCAAUUACCGAGACAAGUUCUUUGAGUUCCCAGCGCCGGGCUGGUUCAAUACCUUCAUUUGGAUGGAAUUGCUCUACCACGUCCCCGCCAGCCUGUGGGCCGUGUGGGGGUUGAUUAAAGACCACCCCCUGGUCCCGGUGCACUUGCUCGUCUUUGGCAUCCAGGCCUUCGUCACCUCGAUUACCUGCUUGGUCGACGUAUGGAGCUGGCCAGAUCGUUCGGUGGCCGAGAAACAACAGCUGACGACCCUGUACGGUCCCUAUGUGGCACUAGGUGAGUGGUCCCAGGAGUCUCCGGAGUCCGCUGGCGCCUUUUCUGCACCUCUCGACCAACCCACGGGAACCCAACUGACGAGCCUCUCUUCAGGCGCCUGGAUGGCCUUCGACAUGGUCACCCGAUUGCGUGCUCGGUUACUGCCUAAAUGCAAACACGAAUGA